AUGUGGGUCGGAGGAUCGUUCAACUGUAUGGUAUUGGCUUUGAAUCGAGUUGUUGAGAUGACUCCUUCAGCUAGUAUGCUUGGCUUUUUGUUCAGAGGAAAGCUACUUCUAUCAUGGAUUGUCUUAUCGGAGGUCUACAUGGCGACUCUACCGUUCAUCUCACGGAUACAUCCUUUCAACUCAGUAAUCGGCACUUACAUAAUAUCGCCAGUCAUUACCGAUAACGCUAAUCAAGAAACAUCUCAAUUUGCUCAUCUUUUUGUGCCGUCAUACAAUGUAACCGUGGUAUUCGUGCUACUAAUAUUAUACUCAUUUCUUUGCUUCAAUAUUGUCAAAAUGCGUAGUCUUGUGAAAGGCGGCAAUUACAAGUUGCAAAUACAGUUAUUUACGCAAGCUUUAUUCAUUUGUAUGACCACUGCAAUGACAGCGCUACUUUACGCUUGGUUAGGGUUUUUUCCUGCACCACCCGCAAUGGCAGUUGUACCGCAUAUUAUUUGGCAAUUAGGUCACGGUAAAUAUUUCGAGAUCAUUGACAAGCAAAAAAUCGAAAUCACUAUGUUUGAGAUAUCUUCUAUAUGA